AGUGAGGAGGCAAUAACAGGUUUCAGUGGCCAAUGUUGCACCAGCAAUAACAGCCGUCUAAAUUAAGCCGAGCAUCAUCUGUCUGCAUGUUCUGUAGCUCGAGGUUGAAGCGGAUCCUCCAGCUUCCGUUUGCCUUCUUAAUCCCCUCCAACCACCGGGAGCGCUGCGUAAAGCCGAGGUUGCAAAGUGCGUCACAGCGCUGAGCUGCGGAGACCACACGGAGCCUGCAGUCCAGCACCGACCGUCUCCCACCUUCUUCUGAUCGCACAACAAUAACCCCGAGCUGACUGUUUCCUCUCCAGCAUGGUGAAGAUCGCUUUCAACUCGGCUCUGGCGCAGAAGGCGCUGGGCAAAGAGGCGCCGGCUGCGGACAAGGACCCGGAGCUGGCCUUGGCUCCAGCGAGCACUGAGGGCUCCACAGGUCGCUGUCUGCUCACCCUGCUGGGCAUCGCUUUCAUCCUCAGUGGGCUCAUCGUGGGGGGAGCGUGUCUCUAUCGAUACUUCACCCCAAAGAGGCUGUAUCAUGGCGCGAUGCAGUUCAGCGACGUGUCGGCCAGAGGAGAGAGCCAGCCGUACUACCUGCCCCGGGUGGAGGAGGAGGUGGAGAUCUCCGACAGCAUGGCCGUCAUCAGCGUCCCACCUCCCCACUUCCGACCCGGAGACCCCGCUUACAUCCUCCACGACUUCAACAGGAAGCUAACAGCGUAUCUGGACCUGACUCUGAGGACCUGCUUCGUGAUUCCCCUGAACACCUCGGUGGUGCUUCCCCCUCAGGACCUCAUUGACCUCUUCUCACAGCUGAUGUCGGACUCGUAUCGCAGCUAUCUGGUGCAUGAGGACCUGGUGGUGACAGAGCGCAUUGAUGAUGUCAAGCCUUUGGGCUUCUACAUCCGCCGGCUGUGUAAUGGAAAGGAAACGUACAGAAUGCAACGUCGUUCCAGCCUGCCAGGUGGAGGCAUCCAGAAGCGUUCCGCAGAGGAAUGUUUCACCAUCCAUCACUUCGAAAACAAGUUUGUGACGGAGACCAAGAUCUGCAAGGCUUGAUGGGAAAGCGUGAGCAUAGGUCAGAGAGAGAAAGCUGAGUGACCGAGUCAGUGGAAAGUGGGUGACGGAGGGAACAACUUUCAGCAGAAAGUUCCUCUUGUAUAAAAACAGUUUUUGCCUCCCUGCUUUAGUAUUCAGUGAAUUUAAGUUCCAGUGUUAAAGCCUAGCUCCCUCCUUUCCUCCGCUGUAUACCCCUGAACCUGUAUAGGCCAUAGCUCUCUUGCUCAAGUAUUCGCUAGCUAGUCUUGUACUGAUAAGUCAGCCUGCUAACUGCACUUAUACUAAGUUUCAUUUAUGUUGGUUAUUGUUUCGUUGCUGUAGCUUCCUGCAGACUGAUCUUAUUGAUGUUUACUGUAUUACAACAUCCAGCCACCUCCAGACAAGAGCUGUGAGUCAUCCUACUGAAUAUUCUAGUGAACCUGAGAAGUCCUUCAUAUUAGACUUGUCUUGUGUCGGCCUACUGUCACCACUCGUUCCAGGGUUUUAUAGAGCAGCUUCGACCAGAUAUGUUCUCGUGUGAUUAUAGCACAAGUCAGCAUGGAAACGCCCGGUACUACACACAUGCUUGUCAUUGACUUUUACCGAAGUUAACGGAGAUGCACAAACCCAGAGCUCUCAGUCACCACUUUUGUAGAUAUUUCCCAGAGUGCCCUGCUGCUCCCAGAGGCCUCCGCUGUCCUGCUGUGUGGUGAUUUCGUGUAACCGAUGGUCUCGUACCUGAUGGUAAACAGUCCAGCACCGUAUAUGAGCAGUUUUUGUCUUUGUGUAGAAACCUCAUGUGUGACUUGAAGGAGAAGUGAAUAAGCUAAAGGGAAAUUUCACCGAAUUUGACUUGAAAACUCUUGAUUGUCCACUUUGACUUCUAAUUUCUGAGUUUGUAUUCUCAUAACAUGAGUUGACUUUUACUGAGACAGCUGUAAUCGAUAUUCUAAAUGUUACUUUAGGUGUCUGAAGAACACAGUGGAUUUAAAAUUGUCACAAGAACACUUUAUAAUUUAUUUGCAUAAAUUUUGAAAUCCCGUGAGAAAAUAUGAAAGUUUUUCUGCCAAAUAACUUCUAAGUCAUUUUCAGUGGUUUCCUACUUGAUGCCUCCACAGAAAGACAAUCAACAGGAAGUCUGCUUGUGAAAAUGGGUUUCUGUCUUAGCUUUUUAACCGAAUACUAGAAGAUUAGAAAAAAAACAUGUGUACAACUACUGAACUGAACUUCACUUUGUUGUUGAAUAAAGUUGCAUUUCUUUACCUACUGAA